AUGAAGUUGUUUUAAGAGAAAUUGAAACUUUUUUAUCUGAUUUUUAUUUACAUUUUGCGCCAGACACUAACUCUUUAAAUAUUACCAUAUGGAAGAAAACCUAUUGAACUAUCAGUUAAUAAUGCAGGAGAAAUUAGCUCGUACAUUUUCUAAUUUAUUACAUAAACUGAUCUACUAUCAGGAGACGGAAUUCUAAUAUAAUUUCCUGUUUAAAUAAGUAUUAAUGCUGGUUUACUUACAGGUAAUUAUGUUUCUGGAUUAACUUUUAAUACAGUCUCAUAGUAAUGGGAGAGUUUAAUUGGUCCUUUGAGCAUAAAUUAUGUAAAUACAGCUGGAUUAUUUGUUAUAACUGUCCCAGAUAUGAAGGCAGGAAUUUAUAAAAUAUAAAUUAACAAUAUCUAAAAUCCAGCUGCUUAAGUAGGUACAGGUAUGUUUAGUAUACAAACUAGAAGAUUUGCAUCAUAUUAACUUAAUUAUAACCUAUUGGAUGAUAAUAAUGCAUUUGGCUAAGUAGGAAUUAUUAGUCCUGCUCCAACUACAUUAGUUAUUAACUCUGUAACUCUAAGUAGCUAGUUUAUUAAUACUAUAUCUAACUAUAACAUUUAAUUUACUACCACUAUAGCUGUUCCUAUCGGAGGAUCAAUAGUAGUAAGUUUUGCAAAUACAGCUAUGUAAUUUUAGACUAACAGUGUGUUUACAUCUUCGAUUGCUGGUGCAGUUCUAACUCCUGUUAAUAACAACUAAUUAAUCAUAACCUCAUCCUCUAUUAUACCUGCUUCUGCAAUUACAGUUACAAUUACAAAUGUAUUAAAUCCUGUAUCAAAAGGAUUGACUAAUAUUCUUAAAGUAUAAAGUUGGAUAAAUGGUGCAAAUACAAUUUUGGAAUAAAACACUUAAAAUCUAGAAACUUAGUUAAAUCCAGGAGCAAUAAAUUAGAUAUAAUUGUAGGCAUUCAGCCUUAUGUUUGUAAAUGCCCCAGCAUAUCCCUUUAUAUAAGGUGAAUUAGUAUAGCAUGAACUAGCUUUCAUUACUACAAAUCCUGUUCCAAAAGGAGGAGUGAUUGUUAUUUAAUAUUUUUUAAAUGUAGCCAGUCCACCUUAAAGAUUUAUUUUAAGAGUCGUUUCUGGACUGUAAGAUAUAUCAAGUACAAAUUAAGUUUCUAUAUCUUCUACUACCAAUAUAAUCACAAUCUCAAAUUUCUAAGCAAUUUCAGGUUAAAAGCUUAUCAAAAUAGCAUUUGAAGUAAAUAAUGGAAAUACAUCACCUCUUACUUCAUACUAAAUUACCACAUAUUAUGAUUCAUUAUAAACUUAAAAGAUUGAUUAAGCAACAUCUGCUACAAAUCCUUAGACUUUAACAAUAAAAUCUUCAACAGUGUCUGUUUCUUCUCCACCAAACUUUACAAACCAAUUAGCAGGAGCAACUAAUACUGUUUAGUUUUCAAUCACGACACAGAUAUGCGCCGCUUGUGAUCUAUGGGUUUGGUUUCCUCAAGGUUUCACAAUUGAUAGAACCAAUUGCAAAAUUACAUCUCCUUCCACUUACAACUGUUAAACUGCAGUUUCAAACGGAUAUUCAAAUAUUGCAAUAAUCACUCCAGGAGUAUUAGUUUCAACUCCUAUUACAGUUUCUAUUAAUGUCUAAAAUAUUUUAAGUUCUUAUGCUAAUUAUCCUAUUGGUGUUUCUAUUGUUGCUACAGGUACUACAAAUAUUUAGAAUCACUCUACUAUGUAUAAUACAUAAACUCCACCAGGUAUCUUACCUGUAACUGCUAAUUUUAAUAUCGUUCAACUAUCUUACGAUUGUUAGCAAAACAGCAUGAUGAAAUUUUACUUUAAAGCAAGCCAAAAUUUACCUUAAAGUCAGUGGCUCUCAGAUUAUACUCAAUAGACUAGUAGAGUUGUAAUAACUUUUCCAAUAGUAGAUGGUACAGGAGCAGCAGCAUUUGCUAAUGACUUAGGCCUUACAAGCUUGUCGUACUCCUUAUCAAACUUUCCUUGCUAUGGAAUUUAGUCUAUGUUACCAAUCUAAUUAAAUGGAGAUUUGUUGUGCCAAGUAACUUCAUCAACAGCAAGUGCUACUCCUGUCACAGUUUAGAUAACAAAUUAUGGACAAAUUACUGCUAACUCCUAAGUUGAAUUUCAUUUCCCAAAUUUUAAGAACCCAUCAAUGACCAACUCUGCCCUAACGAUAAAGAUACAAAUAUAUGUAACAAAUUAUAGAUUAGAGUAGCUAAUAUUUUAAGAUACUACAACUAUACCUGUGUGUCAACCUUCCACUGCUUCAUAAAAUCCUAACAACCCUUCUAACCCUGCUCCUAUAUUUAAUCCUGCAGGAGUCAGUUAAAUGUCAACAACAUCUAUAUUUUACACUCCAGGAGUAAAUAAAGGAUUAAUCACUGGAGACUACUUAGUUUUUAUAUUUCCGUAGCUUCAAAAUACUACUCCUAUGUAAUAUAUUCUACCAAGAAAUGGACUCUCUUGCUAUAUCGGUGUUGGUAGCACUGUUAAAAUUCCAUGUAAAACUUAUCCUAAAGCUGGCUGGGUUCUUUUCUUUGUUAAUUCAAAUAUUUUGCAGCAAUAGCAAAUCACGUUUUAUUUUACAGGGAUUACGAAUCCUUCAUUUGCUUCAGACUUUUAAGGAACUCUUUAGAUUUUAAGUAUCAAAGGGACUACUUAAAUGAUUAUUGAGAUUGGUAUUUUUGCUUCUUUCACUCCUUUCAACUCAGGUUCAUUGGCAUCUGCAAAAAUUACUUGUUAAUACUUUGAAUCUCUGAGAACUAAUGUGAAUUUUGAUUUCUUAUUUAGCUUCUAGCACGAUUUACCAGAUAACGGUAGCAUAGAUCUUAUAUUUCCACCUAACUUCUUUGAUUUGUCAAGAAGUACAUUAGCUGACCCGAAUAUUCCAACAGCUUAAAUCCAAGUUUUCUUUGGAAUUUCUUCCAUAGAUGGAUAACCUCUUACAUCAAGCUCUCAUUAUCAAAUAAACGUAAAUAUCUACACAAUCUUAGGUAUUAAAAAGGUUCCAGCUAAUACUUUGAUUUAUGUCAGAAUGUUGCAUAUCAGAAAUCCACCUAUUUAAGGAAUAACAAACUUUUUUGGUAUUAAAUCAAAAACACAAGAAGGAUUAACCAUUGAUUAUAACAGAAGUGUUAGAACUUUGAAUAUACUUAGGAAGUUACCCACAGGUAUAAUUAACUUCAACUAUUUUACAGUAACUCCUGAUAACGGUAACCCUUCCAACCCAGCUGCAAAUGAAGUUUCUAAUUUUCCAGGAACUUAUACAGUAUCCUUUUAUCCAAACUAUGACGUCCCACCUUUAGGAAUAAUUUAGCUCCAAUUUCCUAACGACUUUGGUCCUUCGUUCUUUUUAGAUGCUCCUAACAUUAGAUGCCAGGUAUCUGGAGCUAUUUCGACAUUUAUGAGCUGUACAAUGGAUACGACUUAAACAGCUGCUAUUGUUAAAAUAAAGUUAGAUGAUUAUUUAUAUGUUGUAGAUGGUAUGUAACCAGUGAUUAUAUCAAUACCACAUGUUAAAAAUAUAGGACCAUAACUUAGUACAGGUGUUGUGGUCGUAUCUACUCAAUAUGAUUAAGUUACUUUAGAUGAAUCAGGAACAACUACAACAAAUAGAAAAGCAACAACAGGUGUGUCAGCUUAGGUAUUAAAAGUGAAAAAUUUCUCAUAUUCACCUUUGAAUGAAGGUUAAAUUGCUACUUACACUAUAUAGCUAUAUCCUAACUAUAAUUUUGAUUCAAAUACUUCUAUCCUAUUCGAAUUUUCUUACGAUUAUUCAAGUGAACUAGGUUAGUCAGUAUAAUGUUAAUCAGCAGACUUGUAAAUAAGUGCUAAUAAUCCUAUCUAAUGCACAGUAGGAAAUUGGUAAAUUUUAAUGAGCAAUCUUAAGUCUUUUACUUCAACAUCAUCAACAGUUAUCACAAUAAAUCUGAUAGGUAUUAUAAAUCCUUCAAGCGGAAAAUCUCCUAAUAUAAAAUGCUUUAUCAUGUAGACAAAAACUCAUGCUUACAGUUAUUCAUAAAAUGUAGCUGCUUCAGCUACUUAAACCUUACCUGCACCUUCAAUUCUAUUUAUGUAAAAUCUGAAUAUUGGAUCAUCUUUUACUAGAACAAUGGCUGAUUAUCAGUUCUUUUUGUUAUUGGGAACUGCAACCACAUUUGAUAUAACAAGUAUAUAGUUAUAAUCUGGAUAUGAUUUAUCAGAUUUAUGGGUAGCUAAAUCAUUAACCUAUAGUCCAGCUGGAACAACACCUAUAAGCGUAACACCAAUAGGGAAUACUGUGUAAAUAAAUUAAAACACCGUUGCUAGUGCUAAUCAAUAAAUUACUAUUAAAAUGUCAUAAAUUCCUAAUCCUUACGAUUAGGGUGUUCAACCUGGGUACCCUACUGUUUCUCUGUAUAAUAGUGGAACUUUACAGGUUGUUUAGCAGACAUUCAAUAAUCUUAAUAAUUUCUUAACUCCAGUUUUUACACACAAUGGCCCACUUAUCACAGUUAAUAAUGAUAAUCCUUAAAUUUAAUUGUAAACAGGAGUUUGGUCAUCUGCAAUUACUGUUUCUAUAGCAAGUGCUAUAACUUAAAAUUUAUAAAUUUCACCAAUAAUCUCUCCAAGUUUUUCUUCUGUUAUUUAGUUUACUCCAAUUAUAAUUAAGGCUGGAUAGCUUUCAACUACGUUCUAAAUAGGAAUUUCUAAUUAAAUUUCUAUUUAAUAAUUGUUUGUAUAAUGGGAUAAAACUGGAGCACCAUCUAACUUUAUCAACGUUCGCCCAGUUACUUUAAUAUUUUCAAACCAAAAUAGCGUAUUAAUAUAAGUAGAUAAUAUAGGUAGUGUACCAUCAGGUGGAAGAAGUAAUCCAAUCAAAGUGUUACUAACUAACGCUCCUUUCAGCAAUCUUUAUGUAAAUGUUAGAAUAUUAGGAACAAUUCCAAUGUAUUUGACAGUUUAUCCAUAGCAACUGACUUUUAAUACUUAGAAUUAGGUUGGAUACUUCUGGGUAUCUGUAGGGCCAUACACAUAAGGUACUUCUGGCUAAGUUAUAUUUUUUUUGACUGCUGAUGGUUCCGUGUCAUAGCAAUUAAUUACAAUAUCUACUUUUAAAUUAAUUAAUAGAGUGCAAAAUUUUAUUAUUUCUAAGCCAGAUUCAACCAGUCCUUUAAUCUAUAAUGCAAACCAUGUUAUAAAAUCUGAUGGAUUUGAUUUUACUAUUUAAGUUAGUUCUCCUUGCACUAUUUACAUUUUUGCAGCUAAAUUAGCUUCAAAGAGAAUUAGUUUACCAUAGCUAAAAGCAAAAAUUUAUCCUACAGAUUAUUUUGCUAGCCCCUAUGUGAUGGCUGAAUAUACAACCUACACAGCAUCAAAUUCUUAUUCGUUCACUAUUUCUGGCUUACCUUCUGGCUUUGACUUUGUAGCUCAUGUAUAUGUUGAAGAUUAUAAUGGUAACUAAUCAGGUACAUAAUUAGAUUUCACUGACAGGACAUUAGGUGGAUCAGCUGCUAACUCUCCAACAUCUAAAAAAUCAUCAGACUUGUAAUGGGCUACAAAUGCUACUGAUACGGUUAUGGGAUAAAUUAGCUCCACUUGGGCAUAUAUAACAAACUUGGGAUUGCUAUUUAGUGGCUAGAUUUAUGCAGUUGCAUUAACAAGCACAAGAUACACAUAUCCUAAUUUAGAACAACCUGUAGCAGGUUCUAUUAGAUAUUUAUAAAGUUCAAGUCCUUUACACACAUGUACAGGUAUGACCUUGAAUCCUCUUUCUAUAUAAUGUACUUUAAAUGGUUAAUCUACUCCAGAUAAUACUAGAUCAGAUUAUAUUACUUUUGGUUCUCCUUCUUAACCUACUGGAUAUCAAAUUUAUUAAGGUUUGGAUCAAGAUAAUCUUUAUCCGAAUGCUGCAGCAUCUGCUUACUUCCCUGCUGAAAUCACUUGGAUUUUAUAAUUAAAAAAUUUGCAACCAAAUACAAAAUACACAGUUUACUACAUAGGAGUUUAUACAGAAGGAAAUAACUAUACACUAAUGGAUGAUAGUAACAUACGUUCAAUUACUUUUACGACAGCUAGUUCUGAAUUGGCUUCUAAUUGCUCUGCGCUUCUAAAUUAUUUAUCAAUAAUAACAAUCACUGCAUUUUUGAUAUACUUAAUUUGA